AUUUAUAUUACUCCACGUGUUCGAUUGCAGGAAAUACAGAACUCUUAUUUGCGGCGGAGGAACUCUAGCCUUAUACCUCAUCUUCUCUCUUGGAAGGGAAAGGGUACUUCGCUCGUGUCUCACAAAGAUUUUGCACUCGUUUUUCCGGGUAGAAAUUAAUUUUGGUUUUUGUCUUAAAAUAUGAUGAUGCUUGAAUCAGCUAUAGCCGCCCGAUUUCCCGCCGCUGCUAACUUCUGCUCCUCCGCCUUCCACCAUUACCGUCCUACCUGCUGCUCCGAUGAGGUUACUAGUUGCCACCUCACCUCUCGCCGCCCGUUUCGCCGUGGUGGAUUCGACGUAACUCGGAAUAGAUUUCAAAGACUAAACACUGCUUCCCCUUGGAUAAGAGCUCCCAUAAAGAAAAAGAAUCAAGUGACAGCAGAGCAUUUGGGUUCUGCAUCUGGUCCUACCAAGCAGAAUGGAAGGCCGGAUUACCAUCCGUUUGAGGAGAUUGGUGAGGCGAAUUCUAAUAAUAGCGAUGAUGCUACACUCACAGCUGCAGAAACCUGUAGGACCAUCAUUGAGGUGAAUACUAAAGCUACACUUAUGUUUUCGGGGAUGAUUAAUGAUGAAAUUCAUGAAAGUAUAAUGUGGCCAGACUUGCCUUAUGUAACCGACGGCCAUGGAAAUGUAUACUUUCAAGUAAAAAGUGAUGAAGAUAUUUUGCAAAGUUUUGCUGUAGAAAAUAACUUUCUGCAAGUCAUUUUAGGCUUUGAUACUACAGAAAUCAUGAAGGAACUUGAGUUAUCAGGCCCAUCUGAAGUUGAUUUUGAAAUUGAGGAUAUUGACGAUGAAGAUAGUGAUAUUGAAGAUGAAGAUGAAGAUGAAGAUGAGAAUGCUGAAGAAGAGGAUUAUGAUGAGGAUUUGGUUGCUGCUUUUGAAGAUAAUGAUCAAGAUGACUCUGAUGGGACACUAGGAGACUGGGCAAAAUUGGAGACUAUGCAUUCCUCCCAUCCGAUGUACUUCGCCAACAAGUUGACUGAGGUUGCUUCAGAUGAUCCUAUAGACUUGAUGGAGCAACCUUCGGAUGGUUUAGCUAUUCAAGGCCGUCUAAGGCCAGCCUUCAUUGAAGAACAUUCUGAAAUUCAGAAGCAUAUAUCUACCAAUCAGUCUCGCAGUUCUGAUAAACAUCAGGUUGAGAAAGUUGUGGGAGACAAAGUAGAAGAUGUUAGCAUAAUUAAUGGUCACAGAAAUGGGUUAGGAUCCUCAGAAGAUAAUUCAACAUCAGAAGAAUCUGAGAAAAAUGAAAUCUCCAUGAAUGGGUCUUUGUUUUACAAAUUGCAGAUGUCUAAAAUUCAGCUAAUUACAGCACAUGGACAUCAGACAGAUGUUGAAUUAGAAGACUUCAAACAAGCUCAACCUGAUGCCAUUGCACAUUCAGCAGCCAAAAUCAUAUCUCGCCUGAAAGCUGGUGGAGAGAAGACCGUACAAGCACUUAAAUCACUAUGUUGGAGAUGCAAGGGUAUCCCAGUUGAGGAGGCAGCAAUUAUCAGUGUAGACUCCCUUGGGUUUAACUUGAGAAUUUCCUGUGGAACCCAAAUCCAAACCUUAAGAUUCACGUAUAAUGCUCGGGCAACUUCAGAGUAUAGUGCUGAGCGACAAAUUAAGGACUUAUUGUUUCCAAGGAGUCAUCAAAAGCCACAGAAGAGGAUAACAGGGUCAUCAAAAUGAGAGCUAAAGUCAUCAGCAUAAUUCUGAAUAGUUUUGUAAAAUGCAGGCUGAAAGAAAGCAACAGUAGUUUCCAGCAUCAAGUGUGUAAGUAUUUGUUGACGCGAUAAUAAAUUCUUUCCUUGAUGAUAUCACAAUUUAAUGUUGCCAACAACCAAAAA